AUGAGCUGUGACAAAAAAAAUGCUCCAAGGGACGUUUUCGGCAGAGAUCUGUCCUAUCUUCUUGCUUGCCAUCCGGCAAAUGAACAAUUAGGCAAAAUCGACUUAUAUUCGCACGAUAUGGAAAGUGGAUACACUCCUUUGCAUGUCUGUUUGAGACUGGCAUAUCUUCAAAAAGCUUUCAAACUAUAUCGGCUUUGGAGAAAACAACACCAGGCUCAUUAUAAGCCUUUUGUCGAAGAUAUAUGGGACCUCAAAGAUCGCGAGGGUUUGACUCCGAUCGAACUAUAUCGGUGCGAAAAUGACAUUUGGAACUGCAGUCAUGUUCCGAUCUCCAUCCAGCAGGACGCUCAUCUUGAUAAGUCACAAGAAAGGUCUUCCUCAAUGGUAGAAUGGCGUCCUAGAAAUCAAAAGAACAAAUUUUCGUACAAGUCCUGUGCUCCCAGUGUUCAAGAACUUCGAGACGUGUACGUUCAUUCACGCGGUGGACGUGAGCUUUUCACUACUGGAACAAAUGUUAACCUUCAAUUGGGAACUGGUGAUUCCGAAGAUCGCAAGGAAUUAUUCAAGUUUGACGAAUACUCACUCACAGAUUUUCAAAGCCCUUAUUUAAGCCCCAGAUUCAAAGCUGUGAUCAUGAAAAGAUACCACUCUUUGAUCUUAACGAUGGACGGUCAAAUUUUGGUCGCCGGUACUGGUACCAGGGGCAGACUUGGAAACGGAAAUACCAGUAUUUCGAACGUCAGUCAUACCAAGAUCGACUUGGAUCAUCACCGAGUUCUUCAAUUGGAUUGUAGCGAUCAUCAUUCGAUCGUUCUCACGACUAGCGGUGAGGUUUUUACCUGGGGAUGGAACCGUUACUCUCAGCUAGGGUACUCUACCUCCCUCAAUGGGAAAAAUAGCGACAAGUCGGCUUUGGAAAACAUCUGCAGCGCAAGUCCCAAAAAGAUAGCAAACACGCCAUGGAAAAAAACCCCUUCAUCAGAGUUAAAGUUCGUAGCAUGUUCCAAGGUGCACUCAUGUGUAAUGGACACUGAUUACAACCUUUUUGUCUGGGGCCUAAACUUGGGUCAAAUGGGUGCUACCAGUAAUUAUACGGAAGAAGAUACAGUCAGUUACAGUGGUUACAAAGGUUGUGUUAUCAGGUCUCCUUUGAGAAUAAAACUGCCGCACUUCAUUCGCGACGUAAAACAACUCUUUUGCACAGACUUUGCAACCUUCAUUCUAUGGGCGGACAAUCAGCUUUGCGUAUUGAACAAUUAUAAGGUUCUGAAUUUCAGUCUGCCGAAGACGGCUUCAAAGCAAAACUCUUCUAACGAACUUGAUCUGUUCACUCCUAACUCGCUUAGCAAAAAAAGCAGGGUAGUCAAGUUGAAAACGGCAAAUCCUCACGGUAACAAUCUAUGCGUUCUAUAUGAAAGUGGGGCUGUAGGGAUUUUAAGCUCCAACCACUUGAAAACCUCUGCACAUGGAUGGUCAAAACUGCCGAACUCGUUACCCAUCAAUACUUACUGGACACCGUACUAUGGGUGGAAUAAAUGUCUUGACUUCGAUGUGGGCGUAGAUGGGCAGCUGGUUCUCUGUACCACAGGAGGCAAAAUCUACAGAUCACAAUCGCCAAGCAGCCCUCAGUUUGAAAUGCUAAAAAGUAAAAAGCUAACCUCGGGAAAAGUCAUUUUUAUCAGCUGCGACUCUUUGUUCUCGUCGUUUGGAGUAGUUAAGGAUGACGUUGAUAUGAUUCCCAUAGGAUACAUCAAGCAAAACAUUUACAACAACAUGGCUUCAUACUCUCCUCUCUCAACAAACCAUCGACAUCGAAGAACUACUCAGAACUAUGAACUUGAGGAUGAUUAUACAACGCCUUUGAUGUUCGAUAACUUUCUGAAAGGCUUCAAUAUUGCUAAAACGGGAAGCGCUUUAUUCUCUCACGACAGAGAUGAUGACAACACGAACGAGUUUCUCAAGAGAGACAAUCUCUGGAGUACGCUGAAUCGAAGGUGGGGAAAACAUAAGCGUCUUGAUUACGCUGAUCAGCUCAUGGCAUUGCGCAAUGAUUUAUACUCCCAAACUCGGCUCAAUUUCAUUGAUAGCAGAGGUUUUGACACCUUGUUCGUGGAGAAAAGUACGGGUGCUGUCGUGGGAGGGUGUCAUCGCGGCUUGCUUCAAGCAAGGGCUCCGGCAUUUGUUUCUAAGCUGGCCGAGUUAGGGAGCUCUACUUCGAAGAACGGAAGCUCCUUUUCUUUUCGUCUGUUGGACGAUUUCAAUUUUGAUGCACCAAUACGUAUAGAGGUAAUGUUCGAGCAUCACACAUAUGAGGCAAUUUCCUAUGCGCUAAACUACAUGUACACGGAUAACGUACCCGACACGUCUCACAUCGCGAACGCUCAAGAUAGAAAAUUACUUGAUUCAUCGAUCAAAGCAUUGAUGAAGGAAUUGGACUUGCAUCUAAACACUUUCAGAGGAGACAAGUUGCCAUUUUCCUUAGCAAAGCUCUUUGAAUGUUCUAUAAAGCUCGAAAGUGCAUCCUUAUUGAUUAAACCUGACGUGAGGCUUUUACUUGCUGACGGUGCAAUUCUGGAGGCUUACAGCUUUAUCUUGAUUGCAAGGUCCGCUUAUUUUGAGAGCAUUCUCUCUCGAGAUUGGAACGGCCAGCAUUGUGGUAUGAAAGAGGUUGCCAUGAAAUAUCAUACGACCGAUGAGAUGAUGUGUGUUCUGAAAUACAUUUACGCUCUUCCGUUUGCGGACCUGUUUUCGCAUUGUACUUUUGCCGAUUAUAAGAGUUUUGUUGACUUCGUUCUCGGGCUGAUACAAUUCACGGGCAAGCUUAUGAUGUCAGAUUUGAGAAGUUACCUCGAGAGUGUUUUGGUUGAUUUCAUAGACGCCAGUACGGUUCUGGUAAUUCUUGUUAACGCACAUCACUUGUUUUGCAAGGCUCUCAUUUUUGAAUGCUGUUGGUAUCUCCACAACAACAUUGAGCUUUUAUUCACAGAGAAGAAUUCUGACUUCAUUGAAAACUACUUUGGUCCUGAACUAUGGAGAAUAGUGCAGGAGUUUGUCAUUGAAGCAAGAAAAGUGAAUCGCCAGACUUACGACGCUUGGUACAACGAAAGGAUGGGAGCAAGCUCGCUUUUAAGCUUGUUUCAAGAAAAUCGCACCAAGUACAAUGAACACUUUAUGGAUCUGCAAAAUCCAUUUGAGCCCAGUUUUGAUGCUAGAAAGCCAGUCAAAAAGCAAACCGGAUCCAAAAAAGGGACGGAUCGUAGGAAAUCGUCGGGAGACAGAAAGCCAUCAUUGAGCUUAGAAGACCUUGUGAAUGUGAGGCGCCCUUCGACAUCUCUACCAAAUGUAAACAAGCCCAAGCCAGUUGCCCUUGAUUAUAGACUGAUGGACGGCGGCGAAGAGGCUGUUGAAGAUGAUAUCUCAGAUGUAGCCAAUCAAGGUUUUGUUACGGUGGGAAAAAGCAAACGCAAGGCGUCCAAGAGCCAAAAUGAUGUACGUCCUUUUCCAAGUAUUCUUCAAGGUGGGUCUUCAAAGCCAUUUUCUAACGAUUCCACCACUAAUGUUGCACGCUUUGAGGCACAAACCAAGUUUGAAAAACGGUCAGAAACUGCAGUCCCGCAAACGAUCCCGCGUCUGACAACGGACCGAAGCAGUAUGUUUCCAGCACUUGGGAACUCUCUCCAGGGUGCUUCCAGUGCCGAGUCUUCGAGCAAAUUGAAUGCAACCAAUUUUUCGGGUGUAAAGAAACUAUCUCAAAAGGAGCGGCUCAAAUUGGCUGCUCAAGAAGCGUCCCAGGAGCUACCUCCGGUGAAAAAGGCUGUCUGGGGCAGCAAUAUUGAGAAAACGAAAUCUGAGCCUGCGCAGCUCCCUAAUUCAUCGGCUAGCAAGUUUCCUUCGCUUGCUCAGUCGCUGAAAGGUCAAUCGAGUAAGAAAAAGGUUCCAACGGUCAGUUUGACCAGCACAGGAGAAGGCUCAACGAUCCCUCUUUAUCUGAGUAACACCAAGAUUAACAACAGUAUACCAUCGCGCUCCUUGAAAGACACUAUAGAGGAGGAGCGCUUUGCCAAAUGGUGGGCCGAAGAGUCAGAGAAAGUACAAUUACAACUAGAGGGAAAUCAAGAAUUGAUUUCUAGAUCAUUCAAGUCAACAGAUUCUGGUGGAAAUGAUGCACGGUCGAGUACUAAAAAGAGUCAUGGCCACAAAAAGGGUCACAAUAGGUCCCGCAGGCCAUUGAACAAACGACAAUCAGAGACUAAAGCUUCUACAUGA